AGAACUUACAACGCGCCGGAUGGAUACGAAGACCUUACUUUUCUUUCUACUUGUGCUUCUCAGUUCAGUGACACCUACAGUGGCUGAAAUAGCUCGUACUUGCGAUGGCAUCGUCUGCGCGGAGGGCAAGGAAUGCAAGCUUAUUCAAACACCGUGUUUCCCAGGUGCCACAUGCCUUCCUGUAGCUAUGUGUGUCCCAGUGUUUCCACAGUAAUUCAAAGAGUCCAUGGAUAGAGAAGCCAUCGUUCACCAAGUCAAUCAAAUGAACUCAAAUCAAGUAGAUGCAUAUACCAUAAAUAAUUUGUUAUGAAUGUUGGUAAUGUUUAUUUGUACUUUACAAUGGAUUGAAU